AGAGCAAGAAGAUCUUAUAAUAGAAUCAAUACGGGACAAGAGGCGUAAAGAAAUGGCUGGCACCCUCAUAGUAAUGGCAACAUUAGUUGCAACAGUCACAUUUACAGCCGCAUUCACCCUUCCAGGGGGCGUCCAAAGUGAAGGUCCACAUCAAGGGAUGGCAGUGCUAACAAGGAAAGCAGCAUUCAAAGCUUUUAUUGUCACUGAUACAGUAGCUAUGACUACAUCCAUGACUGCUGCAGUGAUUCUUUUCACAUCAUCUUGGAAUGAUGAGAAAAAUAAAUGGAAUCUGCACUUUAUUGCCUUGCAGUUGUUAUGGAUGUCACUUGCCUCAAUGGGACUAGCAUUCCUUACUGGACUGUUCACUGUUCUAUCACACUCAAUGGAGCUUGCUAUCAUGGUUUGUUUUAUUGGCUGUGUCUUCCCAAGUCUCCUCUGCUUGCUGGGGCCUCUUAUUCUCCCAGAGGAAUUUGUUUGGUCACUCGUGGAUAUCAUAGAGAAAAUCAAAACCAAAAUAUACUCAUUCUGGAUAUUGCACAACUAAUAAACA